AUGGCUGCCGCACUUUGGAAGCCUAAACCACUGGACUUGGGCUUGUGGAUCUUCCUCCUGCUCCUCAACUUCCUUCCUGAAGCCAGGGCAGUCGUUGGACACAGAGAGCCGUUGCCUGAUGAUAGUAGAGACAAUAUCACCAUUUUCACCCGAAUUCUCGACAGGCUGUUGGAUGGAUAUGACAACAGACUACGCCCUGGACUAGGAGAGAGCAUCACAGAAGUGAGGACAAACAUCUAUGUGACGAGUUUCGGGCCGGUGUCGGACACAGACAUGGAGUACACCAUCGAUGUCUUCUUCCGUCAGAGUUGGAGGGACGAGCGGCUAAAGUUUGACGGGCCCAUGCAAGUUUUACCCCUCAACAACCUCCUGGCCAGUAAAAUCUGGACUCCCGAUACAUUUUUCCACAAUGGAAAGAAAUCGGUGGCCCACAACAUGACGACUCCUAACAAACUGCUACGGCUGGUCGACAACGGCACGCUUCUCUACACGAUGAGGUUGACCAUCCAUGCCGAGUGCCCCAUGCACCUGGAGGAUUUCCCGAUGGAUGCACACGCCUGUCCUCUGAAAUUCGGAAGUUAUGCGUACACCAACAACGAGGUGAUCUACCUGUGGACCCAGGGAGCCGAACGGUCUGUUGCUAUGGCAGAGGAUGGCUCCAGGCUGAACCAGUAUGACUUACUGGGACAUGUCAUUGGCAAAGAAACCAUCAGUUCCAGCACAGGAGAAUAUGUAGUGAUGACAACAUAUUUCCAUUUGAAAAGGAAAAUUGGCUAUUUUGUGAUUCAAACCUACCUCCCGUGCAUCAUGACCGUCAUACUGUCUCAGGUCUCCUUCUGGCUAAACAGAGAAUCGGUUCCUGCUCGCACUGUAUUUGGGGUCACCACUGUCCUAACCAUGACCACCUUGAGCAUCAGUGCUAGAAACUCCCUCCCUAAGGUGGCCUAUGCCACUGCCAUGGACUGGUUCAUGGCAGUGUGCUAUGCCUUUGUCUUCUCUGCCCUGAUUGAGUUUGCCACAGUCAACUACUUCACCAAACGAAGCUGGGCAUGGGAUGGGAAAAAAGAUGGCAUGGAAAUAAGGGAACCGUUUCAGGCUAACAUGGCCAGGAUUAACGAUAUGAGAAGAGAAUCUGCGACUUUGUCCAAAAAGGCAAACAACUCCUUCAACAUUGUUGGAAGCACCUACUCCAUCAACGUGGCCAAAGACCAGGGUUUAACGACCAUUGCCAAGAGUGCCAAUGCAGCGGCGGCCAAACACCAAUACCUCCAUAAAAUGGAUGACCCCUACACGGAGGCCAAGAUGUCCUACAACCGUGUCAGCAAAGUGGACAAGAUCUCACGCAUAAUUUUCCCAGUUCUGUUCUUCAUCUUCAAUUUAGGCUACUGGGCCACGUAUGUCAACAGAAAUCCCGUUAUUAUGAAGGCUAACAACCUAAACUGA